AGGACCAGCUGCGUACCUGGCUUGACGUCGAGUCCCUGGGCCCUUCCUCUUCCUCCUCACCACUUUUCUUGCCUUCUUCGUUACUGUCUGUACCGGAGAUCGUAGUGCCCUCCCCAAAGAUGGCUGCCCCACCUGCACUUGCCCUGCAGAAGGAGCGCAGUGUCCGCAGUGACCAGGCCAGGGGAGCUGCCAGUUUGUAUAUUUCCGCAGAUGUGACACAGGCGCGGAUAUAAUCUCCCAGGCCGAAGGACGCCGAAAUCUACCGCGCUGUAAGAACUCUGUUUCGACUUUUGAAGGCCGUAUUUUUGGGCUUUUUACACAAUGAAUCCGUCUGGGCUUUUCGGCAGAACACAAGGCGGAGCGUUUCAGUCUCCGCGCGCCCCGACCUCGGGGCUCUUUUCCUUCGGCCAGCAGAACGCCCCUUUCGUGCAGCCGCCUGCCCUCGGCCAGGGCACCGGCCAGACCUCGCUCUUCAGUACAUCGUCUGCCUUCGGCCAGACCGGAUCCCUUUUCGGGCAGCCUGGCGGGACGGCGUCUGGACAGGCCCCGACCUUCGGCAUGCCCGGUUCUGGGAGUCAGACCCCGUCGUUUGUACAGAGCGACACCAGGUUCGGCCCGCCGCCCUCCUUCGGGCAGCCGGCCGGGGUCGGUCAGAGCUCUGUCUUUAACCAGAACUCGGCUUUUCCCCAGACCUCUGCCUUCGGACAGACCGGCGGAUUUGCUCAGCACACACCCGGCUUCGGCGGCUCUAACGCUAUCUCCGCCUCCUCUGUUCCCCCCUCCUCGGGGUCUAGUCAACCACUGAGAUUCGGACAGUUGUCCACAGGGUCUUCUUCGGUAUUCUCCCCUGGAAGCGUUCAGGGCCGCGGAUUUAGCACCUCAGAGUUCAGCUUCAAGCCGUCAGACGCAGCUGUGUUCAAACCUAUUUAUAGCGCCAGUCCUGAACCGGCUGUGUCCCAGGCUGUGUCCGAGUCUUUUGGUUCCAGCCCAUCCAGCACCACCGCUACCAGUAUGGACAGCAGUGGGCCUGCUCCUGCUGCCUCUGAGUUCCUUUCUGGAGCAUUAGGUUUUAGCUUCUCACAGCCCAUCGCAGUGUCCAGCAGCAUCCUCCCCACCAAAGAUGCACAUCCCAGCACCACCCAGGAGUUCAGCUUCUCGAAACCAGCAGCACCCUCCGUUGGUGCUGGCAGUGGCCUGGGUGGGGGGGACCUCCCAGGCCGCCUCUGUCUCCAGGUACUCUGCCUCUAGCCUCCAUGAGCCCCGGCCACUGUUUGGUGCUGUCAGCUUUGGUCCGCUAAAACCCAAGACUGAC